AUGAGAAGUAUGCUGAUGAGUAUUUUAAGCAGUGUGAUGUUUUUAUUAAGCAACAAUACCUUUGUGAUUGGUAGAGUAAGAUGUGAAGAUAUUAUAAAUAGGGAAGAGGUCUCUGCUUUAAUAAAAGAAUCCAAUUCAUUAUUUAGAAACUUUUAA